AUGGGGAACUGGAGGAGAGCCACACUCCUGUCAGCCUGCACAGCUGGAGCAGCAAUCGUGGCUGCACUCACUGAGGAGCAAAGAGCAGCCCUGGAAGGAGUGCUCACUUGGCCGUACCCUGGAAAGCGGUGGAAUACGCAAGCCCGGGCCUCAGACAACAGAGAUUCAAGGACAUGCCUGGUUUCUGGUCUGUAUGCCACUCCCAGAGAACCUAAGAACCUUCUUUGUUCUCAGCCUUCUCCAGGGGUGUCUGAAGUUCUAGAAGACGAGCCUGGAGGAAGAAGGCCCCAAGAAAGGACACAAUUCCCUCCUCCCUCUCUAGGUCUUCCUUCUGUGAGAACCUACGUCAGCUCACCUUCCAGUGUGCCUGUUGACAUGGCACCAUGCUCUUCAACUGAUGGGCCAGAGUCCAGGGCACUCUGCCUGGGAAGGAUCCGUGACCAUCACUGCUCACUCUCUCUGCCAUCUCUUCACCAAGUACUGCUUACAGAUGAAUUUCAAAGCAACCAUGGUUUUCCAUGUUGGCCUCAUCAUCCUUUCCUUCAGCUUCCACCAGAAGACAUCUCUCAAGGGACACUGGAAGAGGACACUCCUCUUCAUGGAGACCUGGGCAGAGGACAGCAUAGCACUCAUCAGACCUCCCCUGUCCCGCCCCACGAGCUGCAGUUCAUCUAACAAAAGAGGAAAAUCUCCUCCCUUCUAGAUUUCAGGAAGAAUGAAAUGGACUCAGGCUUCAUACCCACUGCUCACAUGGAUUUAUACUAUCUGUGCACCUCCUGCCUCUACUAGAUAUAGUUCUUUAGUGGAAGGGACUGUCUUGUUUUCAGUGGCCACUAUACUGGGCACCUACUUCAUCUCAACAAAUGUGCCUCUGAGGCUUGGAUUCUACAGCUGGUGGUCAUGGCCACUGUAAAGAACAGGUCUGGGUGUGGACAAAGUCAAGGAUGGCUUGCCAUCUGACUUGAAGUGGGAAACUGACUUGGUUUCCGAUGUGGCUGUGAACAACUACCUCCUUCCACACACAGCUUUUGGCUCACCACCCUCAGCAUGUGUGUCUCUGUAGUUGUAUGUUUCCAUAGCACGUUAUUAGAGUGAGAGAAAGGGAUAUAUGCACGGAUCAGAAUUGUUUUCUGUCAACAUGCGGAUUUCUCUGCUUUAUUCAACUGUCAAAUAAAUAUUGACAAAUGAAA